CCGUGAUGAGUUUGACAGACAAGAAGUCAUUCAGUCGGUCAUAAAUGAAUUCGGAAACACCGUCCAAUUAAACCGGCAGUCCGCCACGCAGUCAGGCAGCAGGUGCGUCAUCACUGCUUCGUUCACCUGACACCUCCACAUAAGUGGUGAGCACGUGAACAGCGACGCCUCACCAUCUGCCUAGUGAGCCGCGCGUGCAUGUCAUACAACGGACGUGACACGCAUCGACAAGCAUCCACCCCUACACCAAAAUUCCCCCGUCUCUGCCUGGCUGCCACGUGCUUGCUAUCUUUGCUCUCUCUCAUGUGCGCGGCAUCAAUCUGAAGGUCUCCCUCCCGUCCCGCCCCUUGUCGACCCACCCCACCGCCCCCCACUCCACCACAGCCACAUCCUUGCUGAAGCCGUUGUCGAUCUCCCCCGCCAGCCCCCAUUUGGCCGCCUCGUCCAGGAUGGCCCGCUGCACCACCUCACGCAACUCCAUCUUGCGGCCACCCACACCGCCCACUACAAAGCACUGCAGCUGCGGCACACGCACCAGCUGGCCGCCCACAUCGGCCGUCCCGCCCACCACCUCCCUGUUGCUGCUGGCCUGGUACACCGCCGAGCGGACAAAAUGCUCCGCUGCCGCACACACACGGCGGGCCAUGCCGCUGUGCCGCACACCAAUGGCCUCACUGAUGGCCUCCUGUGCGGCAUCCAUGUCGAAGAGGUAUGACGCGAUGCGCCAGCCGACGAUGGGGGCCUCCUGCGGGCCGACGGCCAGCCGGGGGGUCAGGAGGGCCGCGAGGGAGCGGUGGGGGGCGAGGGCGGCAUUGACGGCCGCCAUGACGGGGGGACCCAGCUCGUUGAGCACUGUGGCGUACUCGGUGAGCGCCAGCUGGCGCUGACGGCGGCGCACCGCCGCAUGCUCCGGCAGCACCAGCUGGCGCUGAUGGCGGUCCUCCUCUAUGGGAAUGCUGCUGAUGUCGGCCCCCACCCGCAGCAGGCUGCGGAUGAUCAGCUUGUAGUUGGGAAUCUCGGCGCGAUGCCGCUCCUUGGUGGCUUCGGGUGUGUUGGGGUCCUGAACCUCUCGAGUGCAGCGAUCGAGCUCAAAGGCAGCUGUGUCGAGGGGCGUGUCGCCAGAGUUGUCCCGUCUGUUGAUCUGGUCAGCGGGCAGCUUGCGGCAGACGUAGUCGGCCACGUGGGGAGAGCUCCACAGUGCCGCCGUUUGCAGUGGUGUCCAUCCAAUGCCAUUGGCUGCCGUCAU